AUGGAUCCUCCGAAAGAAGGUUCCGGCGAGACCGGGAUUUCUGCCUCCGGCAAACGUUUAAUGAAGGUUAAACAGGAGAUCGGUGAGAAAAUGAAAAGAGACAAGAAAGAAGCCAAAGACUCAAUUGCGGGAAGGGUCUCCAAGCGGGUGAAGAAGAAGGAUGCUUCUGGCGGAAGCGCCUCUGUGGGACCUCACUCGCCUUCUUCAUUGAAGAUCCAAGAGGUCGUUAACCUCAUGGUUCAAGCUUACGGUCAAAAGGAGUUGGCCAGGGUUUGUUCCUCCGACGAAACCCCUGAAACCGCCCCGGAGGGUUGGUUUUGCAUUCAUGAGAAAUAUAUCUCUAAAUGCCACCUCCGGUUUCCGCUUCCAGACCUUUUGUUAGAUCUUCUUGACCAUUACCAGUUGGCCCUCUCUCAGCUCUGUCCCUCUGUUAUCCGGGUGAUAAAUGGUUUCAUCACCAGGGCUAAGGAAGAAGGGGUCGCUGUUGGACUUAGUGAAUUGAUGAGUCUUUAUACGAUCAAGGAGAGCUCUAGUAAGGAUGGUGGCAGCGGUACCUACUACCUUCCUUGUCGUCCUAGGCUCGGUCUUUUUAAGUCCUCCGGUAGUGAUGAUGAUUGGAGGAAAAAAUAUUUCUACGUCAAGAUUGACCCCACAACAGUUCCUGUGGGUCGUGCUCUCUCGGUUAUUUGGUCCGAUAUAUCUGAUAUCGAGGAUCCUCCUAAGCUUACUGAUAAGCUGUCUAGAGCUCUUUUUCGGAAGCUAUAUCAAAGUCCCAAUACUUGGGCAUCUUUUACCAUCUCUCGCAUCGGAUCUGCUAGGUUCCCGGAGCAAUACAACGCCAGCGACAAGACCCAAGGAGGAGCCUUCCUUAGCUCGCUGAAGGAGGUCCUUGACGAUGGAUCCUCUGUUCCUGUUAGGGAUGUUAACCCAGUUGAAACCAGAGCUCAAGAUGUUGUUCCUCGUCCUGAGAUCCCGCCAGUUGAUGUUAACCCUCAAGCUGCUAGAGAUCCCUCUGAGGUCGAACCUCCGAGAAACAAGAGGUCUCGGACUGAUUUGGGAGAUAGGCCCGCCAGGUCUUCCUCCUCGUCUUCGCGGGGAGGGACCGUCGGCUGGAACUUUACCCAUUCUAAACCGGAAUCGAUCUUGGAUGACCCUUGGGGUUUGGCAACCAUCAUGAGGCAUAUGAAGAUGGUUGGAUGCUCUAUGCCUUCAAUCAAUGGUCUGACCAACAAGGAAGAAUACGUUGAGAUAGCUCACCACAUGGGUCAGUUAGCUGGAGCCAUCAACAGAGCUCAGCUGAGGUUCGAGGAGACCGUGAAUGGUGCUCCCAGUGCUGGGGAUUUAGCUCAGGCUACUGAGUUAUUCAAGACUACCAAGAUGGAGCUCGACCUAGCUCGUGCUCGAGUUUCUGAGCUUGAAGCUGAGGUCGGGAGGCUCGGUUUGAAGGCUGACACUCAGCAGGGGAAGCUCGAAAGUCAGGCUAUCGAUAUUCGGGUGAAGAACAGGAAGAUCAACGAGUUAGAGGCUGCUUGCAGGGUAGCUAAGCAUCAGGUUCAAGAGAUGAUCGCCUCAUCUCACCUUAGUCAAAGGAACAAAGAAGCUGAAGUUAAGCUAGCUGUUAGGAAAGGUAAGAAGGAGGUAGCUGAUGCCUACAACAAGAUCCUGACCUCUGUGAAGGAGAAGUUUGUCAAGAAGAAGGAUGAGACCGACGCCCUGAUCUAUGUUCAGGAGCUUCAGGCGAACACCGAACUUCUGAAGGAUUUAUUGUCUAAGGAGAUUGAGAAUGCUGAAGAGGAGUAUCACCGUUUGAUGGUUUUGAUCCCGGAGGCUGCUGCUGCGUAUGAGAAGGCUCAAGUUUCUGAUUUCUCAGUCAGCAAGCUCCCCAUUCCACAAUUCUCCGAGAGCUCAGGUACUUUUGAGAUCAAUAUGUUUAAUCCGGCGUUUUCUGGAGAAUAUGGUUCUAACUUGGGUUCGGUAUCUCCUGAUCUAGUCCCAGUUGAGACGACCCCGGGAGGUGUCGACCAGGAUGCUGAAGUGGAGGCUUCUGCCAAGGAGGGUGAUCCUAUCGAGAAGGAUAAGGAUGAUGAAGCUGAUCCUGGAUCCAAGGAAGGUUAA